AUCACUAUGCAUAGAUAAGUGGAGUAGAAAACUACGUGCGGUCGUAUUAAAAAUAUUUUCACUCCUCUAUAUCAUUUAUAAUCUUUGGCCGAUUAAGAGAAAGACUUAGUCAGACUGACCGAUCGAACGACCUUUAUCUUAUCUCAAUCUCUUUCACUCUGAAGUCUGAAAUGUGCAGAAAUGUCCAAGCUUCUCUAUGGUAUCGUCUUCGCUCUCGCUUUUAUCCUUGUGUCUGCUAACAUAGGGUAUGAGCUGAUUGAUGCUGUAUCCACCUGGAAUCUAUCUAAUUACAUUAAAAUAUUCAAGUCAUUUGGGAAGAGGAUUGUCCAAUUUGAUAUGUUUACCGUUUUACUCACAGGAGGGAUUAUUGGAGUAUUAUAUGUUGUUUUAAAAUGGCUAUACCAAUUAUUAUUUGUACCGAUGAAUCGAGUUAGAUUAAUUGAAGAAGUCGGCUAUAUUAGGGAGGUAGAUAGGAUGUCCAAGAAGGAUAUGGCAAAUCUUGUUCAAAAACGAAAAAAUAUGGGUAAACCACCACCAGUUUACCCGAAUGGUUGGUUUGCCGUUGCCGAAUCAAGAGAUUUGAAGAAAGGGGAAUCAAAAAGCUAUUCCAUCUUAGGUCUUGAUUUAGCUGUAUUCAGGGGAGCUGAUGGACGUGCUCACGUAAUUGAUGCUUAUUGCCCUCAUCUAGGUGCUAACUUCGCAAUUGGUGGAAGAGUAUUCGAUAAUUGUAUUGAAUGUCCUUUUCACGGUUGGAGGUUUAGUGGAGACGAUGGUAAAUGCAAAAAAAUUCCCUAUUCUUCGAAAAUACCCGAAACUGCAAGAGUCAAGGCUUAUAAUACAUUAGAGCUGAACGGUUUUAUUUACGUUUGGUAUCAUGCUGAAGGAAUUGAACCAACAUGGCAACCACCAGAAAUAGAAGAGAUUACAAAAGGACAACUCGUAUUUGGGGGUAGAAGUGAACAUUACAUCAAUGCUCAUAUAGAAGAAGUUCCCGAAAAUGGAGCGGACAUUUCUCAUCUUGCACAAGUUCAUGGCCCGAUUAUGGCGGCAGGCGUUGAUUUGAGAGAUACGUAUAAUAGAAUAUGGGAAUUUGGAAAGCACGAAUGGGCUGGAGAAUGGAAGCAGUUACCAGAAGGUCAUAUUGGUCAAUUAAAUUUGACCCAUGGCCUUAAACUUUUCGGCGUCCACAUCCCAGUUUUAGACAUGAAAGUGCAAGCAAAUCAAAUAGGUCCUGGAAUAGUCUAUUUAACUUUUGAAUCGUCCAUAUUUGGAAAAGGCUGCUACCUCCAAUCCCUAGCCCCAGUAGAGCCAAUGAAACAAAAAAUUGUACAUCAGGUUUAUAUGCAUUGGAGUGUUCCAAUGUGUAUUCGUAAAUUCUUCCUCCUCGGAGAAGCUAUUCAAAUUGAAAGAGAUAUUAUGAUUUGGAAUAAUAAAAAGUAUGAGUCCAAGCCAGUUCUUACGGGUACAAUGGAAGAUCAAAUGCUUGCCAAACAUAGAAGAUGGUAUAAGCAGUUUUAUUCAGAAAACAGUCCAACACUUCACCAAUCAAAGAAAGACUUAAGCUGGUGA